UGAGGUGAACUGCGGAGGACUCUUAACGCCUGUGAUACAGGUGAUCAGUUCAGUGUCGGUUUUCAGGUUUUGGGAAAACACAACCCAGCCGAUAUGGACGCCGGUGGUUCGAUUAGGCCUUGUCUCCUUCUCGUUAUCUCCGUUUGUGUGUGUGUCGUUACUGGAAGUCCAAUAGGUACUUCUGACAUAAAUUGUGCUGGCAGUAGUAAUAAAGAUUUGGGAGCAGUGGAUGAAGGCUACACAGGGGAUGUGGAGUUGGUGAAUGGGAUCACGUCAGGAAGCAAUGUGAAGCUGGUUCCCUACAUCUUCGCCACCCACCUGGAGUUUCUGGAGCUGAGCUUCACGCUUGGAGAAACCAGCGCAACUGUUCGCACUAAAAAGCCACUGGACGCAGACGCACUGAUAGGGUCUGACCGCACCUUGUAUUACUCUGUCAUGUGUGACGGCCCAAUUAAGCACAACAACACUCGGACGCUGAAAAUCAACGACCUCAAUGACCACAGCCCGGUAUUCUCACAGAAGGUCUACAGCACUGAAGUCUCAGAGGCAGUAAGUGUGGACAGCGAGGUCCUCCGAGUGACAGCGGUGGAUGGAGACAGCACCCCAGAAAACAACCAGCUCACAUAUUCCUUUGCGCCAGCUUCAGAGUACUUUACGCUGACCAACUCAGGGGCUUUUAUUUUGAAGAGACGACUGAACUACAAUGUAGUCAAAAGCUUCAACUUCAUUGUGAUGGCCAGGGACAACCACGGACUAAAUGACACGGCCACUGUGGUGAUUAACAUAGUGGACUUUGACAACCUGAAUCCCUAUUUCAGCCACAGCGUGUACCGGGCCUUUAUUCCAGAGAAUGAGGUUGGGUCUUUCCGGGCCAUCGAGCCUGAGGCGAUAAAGGCUCAGGACGGAGACAGCGGGAUUAACAUGACUUUAAUUUACAGCAUCAGUGCAGUGUCUCCAGACAAGUACCGGACAAACUUCAACAUCGACUCCAGCAGUGGAGUUCUGACUGUGGCGACUGCCAUAGACAGAGAGGACAUGAACAACAGUGUGAUCUCUAUCAACAUCAUGGUGGCCCAGACAGAUGACAGUUUGAAGACGGCUGUUGCUGUGGUGUCUGUCACUGUUGAGGAUGUGAAUGAUAAUGCUCCAGAGUUUGACCAGCCCGAAUACUCUGUAACACUUCUGGAAAAUUCUCCUGUUGAUGCUGUUGUGUUCAAAGCCAUCGUCACCGACCGAGACCAGGGAGGAUUUGUGGGAACUUUGCAGAUCCUUCCAGAAUCUGCUCCUUUCUCUAUCGGACCUGACGGGACGAUCAGAGUGAAGAACUCUACCGCUCUGGACAGGGAGACGACUCAAAGCCUCACAUUUCAGAUUGAAGCAAGGGAGACGAGUCCACCCAACAAUAAAGCAGCUGUACAAGUCAGUGUAACUCUUCUGGAUGAGAAUGACAACAGUCCUGAAUUCACCAGUGACAGCUACGAAGGAAAGGUGUUUGCAAAUCAGACACUGGAAAUGUUGCUGGUCCAGGUUGAAGCAGAAGAUCCAGAUGCUGACUUAAAUGGGCAGAUCAAAUACACUAUUGACUUUGGAAACAGUGACGGCUACUUCUCAAUCGAAGAAAACACUGGAAAGAUCACGCUGGCUAAACUCAUUCCCCUGGAGGAAAACAGGAUUAUGGAGUUCCCGCUCUAUGUAACAGCGAGAGAUGGGGGCCGUAUAUCCAGGUCCUCGUCAACACAGGUGAACAUUCGUGCCCCUGGUGACUCAAGACCUCAGUUUUUACAAAAAGUCUACCGUGGCACCGUAGAAGAAGAGCAGGACCCAGGAGUUCUGAUUCUUAAGGUUAACUUCGUCGCAAUUGUUACUGAGGUUCCCGUGACUCUUCGAGUUGAUUCAGAAGUGGACAAGUUUGCCAUCUCCCCAACUGGUGACUUCACCACUAAAGUGAAGCUCGACUACGAUGAAGCUCCACACAACUACUCUGUGACGAUCUCCAUCUCUGACGGGACCAACAGUGACAGUGCAGUCGUGGAGGUUCAAGUCACCGACAUCAAUGAUAACAGUCCUGUUUUUACCUCCAGUCCUGUCACAAAAUCAGUCCCAGAGGAUGCAGAGGUAGGAUCCAAUGUUACCGCUGUAACAGCUACAGACAAAGACAGCAGCUUCAACAAGGAGCUCAGAUACUCUUUGAGAGGAGGGGAGGGGAGGUUCGCUAUUGAUCCUGUGUCUGGGAUGGUGAGUGUGGCUGGUGCACUUGAUAGAGAGACCAAUGCAGAGUACAGCCUGCUGGUGGUGGCUGAAGAUCAGGGUCGUCCAGCCAGGUCGGCCACAGCCUCCCUGCUGGUCCAAGUGUCCGACAUCAAUGAUAACGUCCCCAAGUUCUCAGGGGUUGAGUAUCAGGUUGAAGUCUUAGAAACAGAGUCAGUGGGUACAAGUUUGCUCAUGUUAUCAGCUGUAGACCCAGAUGAAGGAGCAAAUGGGAGAGUUACUUACAGUAUUUUCCAGCAAAGUCCCUCAUCAGACCCUGCUGUUUUUGAGUUGGACUCUUCCAGUGGGACUCUGCGGUUGGCACAGCCUCUGGACUUUAGUGAGGUUACCAUGUACAGUCUGAUGGUUCAGGCGUCUGAUGGGGGCACUCCCUCUCUGGUCGGCAACAGCUCUGUGGUGGUGAAGGUGAAAGACGUGAACAACAACCCACCUGAGUUCAGUAAAGAAAGCUACGACGUGGCUGUUUCUGAGAACCUGGCCAGCGGUGCAUCCAUAUUGACUCUGGAGGUCACUGACAGGGAUGAGGGUGGAUUCUCCAAAGGCAACUUCGUCUAUACCAGCGACACCUUUGACAUUAACAAACAAGGUGUCCUCUCACUAAGGAAGAACGUCACCUUGGACAGAGAGACAAAAGACAGCUACAUAUUGCAGGUGUUGGCGGUGGACCAGGUCCCUGACGGUCUGACAGCCACAGCCCAGCUCAACAUCACCGUCCUGGACUACAAUGACAACGCCCCACAGUUCCCCGCCAUCCCUGACCCCGUGCUGUUCCCAGAGGGCGCCUACUCAGAGGAAGCUCCAGGAGAAGUUCUGGCCAUCGUGCCCACAGACCCCGACCUCGGCCCCAACGGAGAGGUCACCCUCUCCCUCUCCUCCCCCCACCCGCUCUUCAGGUUCAGAGAGGAUGGGAUGCUGCUGGCUGUUGGCUCUCUGGAUCGGGAGAGGAAGGACACGUAUGAACUGUUGGUUACGGCCUCGGACAAAGGCAGCCCACAGAGAGAGAACGUCACCACCAUCAGAGUGAGCCUCACCGACGUCAACGACAACACGCCUGAGUUCAGCUCCAGCAGCUACGUCAGCAGCAUCCUGCUGAAAGACGCAGCGAAGGGGAAGCUGCUGCUGACGCUGGCGGCCACCGACAGAGACGCCGGGAACAACUCGCUCAUCACCUACAGUUUCUCUGCAGGAAGUUCUCCAUAUUUGGCCUUAAACAGUGAGACCGGGGACGUGACCUUGACCUCUGACCUUGCUAAUGUCACAGAGGACACCACGCUGGUGCUGACAGCCAUGGCUAAAGACCACGGCCAGCCUCCACUAAACUCCACAGCCCGCGUCGUGGUCAAUCUGAGGGUGGCGGGCGUGGCCUUCAGCAAUACCUCCUACAACUUCAGCCUACCUGAGAACGAGCCGGUGGGGGCGACAGUGGGGAUGGUCUGGGCCUCCUCAGGAAGCGACCUUUACGAUGUCGCCUACACACUGAAAACACACACAGACCUGUUCUCCGUCAACACCAGUGGAGCCAUCCUGACCAAAACAGAACUGGACAAAGAAGAGCAGGACUGGUACAUCCUGGACGUGGAGGCAGUGGACACGAGGACCCCCCCUACGUCAGCUGUUGCAAUGGUCAGAGUUCAGGUGGAGGAUGUGAACGAGUCUCCAGAGUUUCAGUCCGAGGUUUAUAAGGCCUCAAUUUUCAGCAUCGCCCCGUAUAAAGCCCCUGUCAUUCAUGUGAAGGCUUUGGACCCUGAUGUCGGUGAAGAGGGUCAGCUGGUCUACAGCCUGUCUGCAGACAGUCCUCAUUUUGACGUGGAUCCGUCCUCGGGUCUGGUGUACGUGGUGUCCGUGGUGAGUCUGGCUGGACAGCAGGCUGCAGUGGAGGUGAAAGCCACGGACCCCCGAGGACUUCAGGCUACGACCAAGGUGGAGGUGGAGGUCAAGGGAGGUGCGAGCAGCAGUGACGUGGUGGUCAUCUCCCUCAACCAGCCCGCCAACGUCGUGGAGAAGAAAGUCCGCGAGAUGGAGAAGGCUCUAGGUGGCGCUCUGGGCUGGGCCGUGAACAUCAUCGAGGUGUCCAGUGCGGCUGAGAGGACAGCUCUGGUCAGCUUCGUCGCUGUAGACGGAGGGGAGGUCGUUUCCUCUGAAGAAGUCAUAAAAAAGCUGCAGGGCCAAUCGGCUGCUGUGACGGCGGAGCUGGUCAAAGUGUUUGGGCCGGGUGUUCACUUUGACGUGAUGAAGCCUCAAAAACCCGCCUCCAACCAGACCUUGGCCAUCACUCUGGGCGUCCUGAUUCCCCUGAUCGUGCUAGGAUCGAUUGUCUUGAUCAUCAGGAACAGACUACGCCACAGGAGAGGAGACAGGAGGAGGAGGAGCAAAGAAUUUAUUGGUUUAACCUUUAAUGAUCAGUCUACUGAGUAAUAUUUUAAUUUAGUUUCUUUGUCUGUAAAAUGGCUGCCAUAAAGCAAACUGAACAUUUAUAAUUUAACAGAAACUGUGUCACCUGUUUCGUUUUGCAGCUUUCUUUCGUUUUUCUAUUUAAUGCACUUUAUGAGCAAAAAAUGUAAAUAAUAAUAUGAAUGCAGCUGUGCAGUAAACCUCCAUUCAACUGUAAAUAACUAAAUAAUACACUACAUUAUACUUUGAAAGUAGAAACUGUUUUUAUUUCACACAUUGCAAAGAAAAAUUACAAAGAACAAAAUGUUUCAUAUUCAGAGCAACCGGAUAUCAAACUGUUAUUCUGCUUCAUUUUAUAAUAUGAUGUGAAUAUUACGAGAUUGUCCUUCGAAGGGUUACAUUUUUAUUUUUAUAAAUAUUAACUUUAUUGUUUGUUUUGUAUUAGUGUCCAUAAAAUAUUUACCUGUCUGAAUAAACUAAUUGUAUCAUC